GGCGCAUUCUGCAUGUACAGCCGUCCACAUAGCGAUUGAACGGCAGCAGAGCAAGCCAGCGGUUCGUGGAGGAGCGCAGCGUUUCCGUGACUUCAAUCACGGCUCUCUCUCGCUCUCGCUCGCUCUCUCUCUCGCUCUCGCUCUCUCUCUCUCUCUCUCUCUCUCUCUCUCGCUCUCUCGCUUUCUCUUCCCUCGCUCCACUCAUGCAUCCUCCUCUCGUGUUUCAGACAUUGCGUGGAUGAGUUUGGAAAAGGAAAAGUUUCACGGCUUUCUCGUCUCGUGCCCCUUUAUUGUAGAGCGGUGGUGGUGGUGGUGACGACGGGGAAAGGCUGUGGCGCAGGGCGACACUGCGGGGUGUCCGGUUUCAUACCGUGCGCUAGGAGCGACUGGGACGGAACGCUCGUCAGCUGGGGGGGCAAAUACAUCGACGCCACCGACGCGAAAGGAACAGGGCUAGAGUCUAGAAGGAGAUAGCCAGCACGUCUAGUGCAGGGGAUACACGGGCAUUGGUGUUUGUUCAACAGAGACGAGAACAACGAGGAUAUUUGACCUUUUUUUUCCAGUCUACCUUUUUUAUUAUUUGUUGUUGUGAAAACACUUCUGACUGGACCAGACUCACAGCUCGUCGCUCGCCGCUAGAUGAACGGGAGUUGGGCACCUCACUUGGUGUGUUGUCUCUGUGAUGCUCUUAGCCCCCUGAGGCCAGAGGAGAAGUGAGUCAGGCCCAGCCCUCCCCCCUUCAUGGGACACCCCCUUACCCAGCAUGCACUGCUGCUCCUGCAGUGCAUGCUGGUCCUGCGACCAGGAGGCGUGGCGGGUCGGAGAGGGCCGGUUCUGCUGCCCGAGUCCCCCUGUUAUAAAACCGAGCACCCUCUGGUGCCACACUCAGAAAUGGAGCCAUGGAUCUUCAGGUUUAAGGCAGAGGGCACGGUGGAUUUCUCACAGCUGACCUUCGACCCCGGCCAGAACGAACUGAUUGUGGGCGCCAGAAAUCAUCUCUUCAGACUCAGUCUGGAAGACCUGACACUUAUUCAGGGGGCAGAGUGGCACUGCGAUGAGUUCACCAAGGGAGCCUGCUUCAGCCGGGGAAAGUCUGAGGAGGAGUGCCAGAACUACAUCCGCGUUCUGCUGGUGAACGGCAACAGGUUGUUUACCUGCGGAACCAACGCCUUCACUCCCAUCUGCACCAACCGAACGCUGACCAACCUGACAGAGAUCCACGACCAGAUCAGCGGCAUGGCGCGCUGCCCCUACAACCCGCGCCACAACUCCACCGCCCUCAUCACGUCCGCCGGCGAGCUCUACGCCGCCACCGCCAUGGACUUCUCGGGUCGCGACCCCGCCAUCUACCGCAGCCUGGGGGGCAUGCCCCCGCUCCGCACCGCGCAGUACAACUCCAAGUGGCUCAACGAGCCCAACUUCGUCUCGUCCUACGACAUCGGCAACUUCACCUACUUCUUCUUCCGGGAGAACGCGGUGGAGCACGACUGCGGGCGCACGGUGUUCUCGCGCGCCGGCCGCGUCUGCAAGAACGACAUCGGGGGCCGCUUCCUGCUCGAGGACACCUGGACCACCUUCAUGAAGGCGCGGCUCAACUGCUCUCGGCCCGGGGAGAUCCCCUUCAACUACAACGAGCUGCAGGGCACCUUCUACCUGCCCGAGAUGGAGCUGCUCUACGGCAUCUUCACCACCAACGUGAACAGCAUCGCUGCCUCCGCGGUGUGCGCCUUCAAUCUCAGCGCCGUCACGCAGGUCUUCAGCGGCCCCUUCAAGUUCCAGGAGAACUCCCGGUCGGCCUGGCUGCCCUUCCCCAACCCCAAUCCAGACUUCCAGUGCGGCACCAUCGACUACGGCUCCUACGUCAACCUGACGGAGCGCAACCUGCAGGACGCCCAGAAGUUCCUGCUGAUGCACGAGGUGGUGCAGCCCGUGGUGCCCGUGCCCUACUUCAUGGAGGACAACGUGCGCUUCACCCACGUGGCCGUGGACGUGGUCCAGGGCAAGGACCAGCUCUUCCACAUCAUCUACCUGGCCACAGACUAUGGCACUAUCAGGAAGGUGCUCUCCCCUCUGAACCAGUCCAUGGGGAACUGCCUGUUGGAGGAGAUUGAGCUGUUCCCUCCCAGGAAGAGGCAGCACAUCCGCAGCCUACUGAUCCUGCACAGCCGCAGCGAGCUCUACGUGGGCGUCCGCGACCAGGUUCUUAAGAUACCGCUGAAGAGGUGCAACUACCACAAGACCAGAGAGUCGUGUGUGGGGGCCAGGGACCCUUACUGCGGAUGGGACCUGGUGCUGAAGAAGUGCACCACUCUGGAGCAGAGUGUUCGGAUGAGCCAAUGGGAGCAGAGCAUCACCAAGUGCCCUGUGCGUAACGUGACGGUGGACGGGGGGCACGGCGCCUGGGCGAGCUGGGCCGCCUGUAGUCAUAACGACGGCGGCAGUGGGGGCGCCUGCCUGUGUCGGACGCGGGCGUGUGAUAAGCCCGCCCCCCAGUGCGGCGGCCAGUCCUGUCAGGGUAUCAGCGUGGAGGUCGCCAACUGUUCACGGAACGGCGCGUGGACCCCCUGGACCCUGUGGUCCCCCUGCAGCACCAGCUGUGGCAUCGGCUUCCAGGUCCGCCAGCGCUCCUGCAGCAACCCCACGCCCCGCCACGGGGGCCGUGUGUGUGUGGGCCAGAACCGGGAGGAGCGGUACUGCAACGAACACCUGCCAUGCCCGGCACACGUCUAUUGGUCGGCGUGGUCGGCAUGGGAACGGUGCACGGUGCCGUGCGGAGGAGGCAUCCAAUCACGACGCAGGACCUGCGAGAACGGAAACGAGUGUCCCGGGUGUAGCCAGGUAUGUCAGACCCGUUUCUUAUGAUAAGAAGAGCGGGGC